CGGGCCUGUUCGCGCUCGGGUGGCGGUGCGAAGGCAGAAAGGCUGGAACCCCGCAUCCUUGGCAGGAACCUCAAGAAAGAAAGGACAGCGUGGCUCGCAGAGUUGUACCAAAGAAACAUCGUCGAGUCACAUUUCUAAGAUUAAUAUUUACAAUUUGGAGUCAUCCGCCUUCUUAAAGCUACAUGAUGGCAAUCAAAACGGAAGCUUGCUUUAAAGUCUUAGAACAUCUGUACCAGAAGGUACUUCUUGGAGGCACCCUGGAAAAAGACAGCCACGAGUAUGCCCGUUGUCUCAGUGCAGCAUUUUCAGAUCAAGCUGCCUCCUCCACCACCUGCUCAGAAGGCUCCAGCGCCCCUGGGAUCCCAGGCGGGCGACCCUCAGCCUCUGCCAGUUUGGCUUCCGCUUCUGGGGUGCACAGGUGUUUGAAGAGAAACGCUCAGCAGAGCAGUGCCUGGGAAAUGAGACUCCUGCAGCUAACAGUGAUCAGAGUGAUGGUCACUAGGAUGCUGUCCUCGGACACUGAGCCCCGCGCCAAGGAGAAAUACCGAGAGAUCAUUGAAAUCCUCUUAGAAUCCUCAGAAGUCGAUUCUGAAUUAACCGGUAUGUUCCAAAACUCGGAUAAGCUGGUGCCUCACAUGGCAGCGAAGUGCCUGGCUCUGCUUGUGUAUUUCCAGUUGAGAGAAAAGAUGGCCUUAAACAAAUCCUGGAUUACUCUUUGCCAAAAAAGUCUUUCUGUGUACACUGAAAGUGAUACAGUCACACACUGCCUCUCGACUCUGACAGCUGUAAUAAAAGAGACCUUUAAAGACCCGUGUUCACAAAAAACAGAAAUUCUAAAGCAGCUCUUGACUCCUUUUGACACUGUUUUUGAAGAAUUUUACGAUUCCUUUUUUUCUCAGCACUUUGAAAAUUCCCAGGAUGCUUCCAAAAUAAUAACUAGUUUGAUGUCUUUCCUGGAAUUGCUGGAACUUCUCAUUGCCACCAGAAUCUACCUGAAGUCACACUUCACUUGCCAAAGGCUUUUAUUUUUGAAACCUUCUCACGUGCUGGAAGUUAUCACCUGGCCGAUUCAGGCCUUUGUCAAAAGGAAGUGCAUUGUAUUCAUCAAAAAGUGCCUGCUCCAGAAAGUGGGUGAAGACCUUUGCCACAGCCCUGUCCCCACCUUAACACCUCCAGAUCCUCAUUUCCAUGCGGACAUGUUGGCUUUAGCUAAUGCCAUUUUGCAAGCUGUGGAUUUGGGUUUGCUGAGGGCCUUGUCUGUCCAUGGAAAACUGGCCCGCUUUGGAGGCGAUGCGGUUCUGUCAGGUCGUGCCCACAUCCCUGCUGCAGACCACGUGACUCUCAGAGCUGCGAGCUUGCUUAUCAUUAAAUCCCUAGAAAUCAAGUUCCAAAGCUGUGCUUCAGUGGAUGAAAUGAAAGUUGAUUUACAGAGAUUCAUGUCUGAGUUACUGAGCUUCUUAAGGCCUCACCUUCAUCCCUCACUGCCAUCCCAGGAUCCAUGUGAGUGGUUGUCCAAGGUCUUCAUAGAACAAGAUGAUGACAUGCUGGAGGCUGCCAAAGCAUCAAUGAGCAUCUAUCUAAAGUUGAUCAGAGAAUGUGAAGCUACUGAAAGCUUGCCCCAAGAAAAAGAAAUGUGGAUGCGUCACACACAUGACAAUGGCUAUAAUCCACACUGUAUGUUCUUACUUUUCCUUAGAAAUAUUGGAUUUGAUUCUUCAGUUCUUCUUGAUUUUCUGAUUUCAUCAGAAACCUGUUUUCUGGAAUAUUUUGUUAAGUAUUUAAAAUUGCUACAGAAAGACUGGGAUAAUUUUUUCACCGUUUGCAGCUAUUUUGACGUGACUGAACUUCACAAUGGCGUAGACGUUUGUGGUGGCGUCCCUGUCCUCGGCGAGCCCAGGAGCGGCAAGCAAGCAGGCGCUGGCCCUGAGGCUGCUGCUGGGAGUGGGGGCCCUGCGCCUUCGCCGGUCUCCCCGGCUUCUCCAGAACUACUUCUUCGGGCUGUGAUGUCCAAGGAUAUCCAUACCACCCUGCAGGGCAACAGUCGGUCUCCCCAAAAGGCUCCCCAGAGCCUGGUAGAUUAUGACAGCUCUGAGGAUUCAGAAGCAGAAUCCACAGACCAGCAUUUAGCAAACAGCAAACAGACCUCUGUACACCAAGAAGCAAAGAAGAAAGCCCAGGAUGCCCAUGGGAAAGGCGGGCGUGAAACAGGACUUAGUAUGCGGCCUCACUCCCGGCCUCUGGCUCCAAAAGAAUGUAAUGCUCCCUUUUCUGACUUUUGUGACAUAGCCACAGACAGCAUUGUCUCUGAAGGGGGUGUGUCUCACAGCACAGCAAGGUGCUUUGAGGAGCUGCAAGGUGCCAUUCAGCGCCUACAGAAGAAGAACCUCUUCCCAUACAACCCAACAGCACUUUUGAAGCUGUUAAAGCAUACUGAGGUAAUGUAUAAUAAAAGCGUGAGUCUUGUGUAGAUAUUGGUGUCUUUCCAGGAAUGGUUUCUUCCCUACUAUAAAUUGUACCUGAAUAAGAUAAUAGUAAAAAAAAAAGAGAGAGAGAGAGAGAGUCAUCCAAAGGAUUUUCCAAACCAAGUCUUCCAUUUUGUCUUAUCGGAAGCUGGAGUGAAGACCUGGCCUGUGGCAGGCCGCUCAGCAGAGUGGUAUCCUCUAGAAUUGAUGGUAGUUUCAACCUCAUGCCAAAUUUGGGGGUGUUGCCAUAUUAGCUGCUAGGGCUACCAUUAACAAAUUAACACACAAUUGGCACUUUAAAACAACGGAGAUGUAUUCUCUCUCCGUUUAUGGGGCUGGAGGCCAAGAAGAAGGUCUCUGCAGGCUGUGCCUCCUCUCAGUCCACCCUCCUUCCCAGCCUCUCCCUAACUGCAGGCCCAGCUGGCCAGCCUCAACCUUCCGUGGCUCGCAGACAUUAGGCCCCCUCCUGCCCACAGAGCGUCUGCUCUUUGUUUCCGGGGCGCCUCUUGGAACGACACCAGUCAUUGGAUUAGCACCCACUUCUACUCCCGCCUGACCGCUGAACUUGAUUAUAUGAGCACAGACCCCACUUUCAAUAAGGGCAUUGCCACAGGUGGUAGGCAGGAAUGGGAAGGACACAGUUCAACCCAGUUGAGUUAUUAUUCCCUGCUGAGGCCUUUGCACAUAAUAAAUAAGAGAUUAAAAAUCAUAGCUGUUGUUUUUUUUUUAUUAGCUCUGCUCAUAUGCCCUAUCCUAUGAACAUGAGUCUAUUCUUUAAAAUAAAUAAAUAAAUAAAACUUACCCACUGGGCAAUUUUUCCUAUUUAAAAUUGCAAUAUGAAUAAUUCCCUCUUUUUCAAGGAAGGCAGUCAGUGGAAUUUAUUUUAUAUGUCUUUAUUGUGUAGUAAGGGCUGCAACAGUACUGUGUUGGUACAUCUGUCAUUAAAAGUCCUUAAAAUAUUUUUAAAAUAUUUCUGAAAUGAUUCUUUGUGGAGGACUGAACCUGCUAGACAUUAAAGUACAUUUUAAGGCUGUGGUAAUCCAAACAGGGUAGUAUUCAUUCAGGUAGAAACAGAAAAGAUAGGUGAAGCUGAGUACAGGUUGUCUAAUUAAAAUAAUAAUGAAAUGCUAAUAGUAACCAAACAGAAACAUAGAGGUCAAAAAGUUUGAUCUGAGAGUUGUAGCUCUAUGCUGACAUACACAUGUGUGUUUUGUAUAUAAUUAUUACAUGUUAUGGAGGACAUAUUUUACCCAUAUUGGAGCAGUUUCUGUAUAAUUAAAAAAGCGUGUCAAAGAACCUACUCAAGAAUGUUCAAUGCUGUGUUGGUUGUGAAAGCAAGAGGCUAGAAAUACACCACUG